GUCAUGAAAGGUUGAGUCGCUGAGUGGGGUCCUCUGUCCCAUCGUCUCUUAUAACAGGAACAUUGAAGUCGAAGGUGGUUGGCCAAGAUGCCAGAAGAGAUGGCGGACGGUGGGAGGAAGCUUGUGACGCUGGAUGACCUCAUCGAUGCCUUGGACAAGCGCGAGAGGGCGCCAAGCAAUGUCCCAAAGGUCGAGACAUUCCACUUCAAAGGGGAUCGGGUAUCUGAUUGGCUGGAUCUGACAGAGCAGGCGUUGGUGGGACUGUCAAAUGAGGUCAAGCUCCAGCGGGUCCUGAGGUAUGUCUUGCACAGUCACCAUCGAGAAGUAACUAAGGUUGUGGACGCCGCCGGUGGCAGUUGGGCAAAGUUUGGAGACCUAAUGCGAAGGAAGUAUAGGCUCGGGGACGGCCUGCUGACCAUGACCGACUUGAAGGCCAUGACCAAAGAAGACUUCUCUACCAUUGGGGCGUUUGUGCACGAGUUCAAAAAAAGGGCGAGGAAAGUGCACGGGAUUUCUGAGGAGGCGCAGUGCGCUACAGUUUUGGGGCUGCUUACAGGCUCGGAGGCCACAGAGUUGACGAAGUAUGGGGAAGGAAGCGAGAGGCUCACCUGGGCAACCAUUGACAAGGGAGUGGAAGAAGGGAGCCUGGACCAGGUGGAGCAGCACCAAAUGAGGCUGCAAAGGCGCAAGAGGAAGGAGAGGGAUGCUACUGCAUCCGGGACCCCAGGGGUGAAGAAAAUAGUCACGGACGUGUUGGCGGCACUUGGGUAUGAUAGCGAAGCAGAACUACAGAAGAGAGUGGUGGCAGUGGCCCAAGGCCGGGGGUCAGGAGUAGGAGAUGAGGAGGCAGGGCGCGAAGACUACGGCAGAGGGGAGACGGGCUCCCAAGCCCUGACUAAGGCCCAAAGGAAGCACUGUAAUCUGCUACUGGGGGGACAGGGAUCAGGGAAAGGGCAGGCUCCCCAAGUCCUUGCCGCACCACCACCUGUCGCCACGGCCGCCCCAGCGCCCGCGCCAGCCGGAUCAUCGCACAUGGGGCCACCGCCAUCUUGUGGACACUGGGUGCCGCAUUGCCAAUCCACGCCGUGGCCCAGUUGUAACCACUGCGCCUUGUGUGGAGGGAUUCAGGCCCACCCGGGGCACAUGGUCCCCUAUUCAGGCCCAUCCGCAAGUAUGGGCCCCCCGAGCUACCCGGCGACUCAAAGCCAGCCCGUGACUCAACCGUCGUCCUCCCAGCAGGCCUCGCAAGCUAGUGUGGCCGGGGGAGGAGGCCAAGGACAAGGCGGGCAGGGCAAUGGGGUCCGGGGCCAAGGAGGUAGAGGAGGGGGAGGUCGGGGGCGAGGAGGAAAUGGUGGAGGUCGUGGAGGAGGCUGGAAUGGUCAAGGGGGUCAGAACCAGGGGGGCCAAGGUGGCCAGGGAGGGGGUCAAGGGUAUGGGAGGCCCCGCUUCGACUGGCGGAGCGCAACUUGUUGGCAUUGUGGCGAGGUGGUCCACACCGUACGAUUCUGCCAACAGCAGCGGGACGACGAAAAGGCAGGAUUAAUCUCCACCUGUAUGGACGGGGAUAUAUACGACCGGUGGGGAACGCACAUUGACCCCAAGACCCCGGGAGGAAUCAGGCAGGAAACCCUUAGGCGGGCAGCGGCUGGGCCUCUAGCAGCCCCGACAAUGUUCAGGAUAUGGCAGGAAAGGCAAGACCCGGGUGUAAGAGUCAAGGAGAUUGUGGACGGAAAUGAGGAAGUGACCCAGCGGCCGAAGGCGGGGACUAUAAAGGAGGAGCCCAUAGUUGUUGAGUCCGAUGAUGAGGCGCAGGAGGUGGUGAGAGAGUCAGCCUCGACCAUCCUCGAGAGGAUGGAGGAUCUGCUUGCAAAGGUCGACAGGUAUCAGGAACGGCUAAGGGCGAUGUGUGAAAAGGCCCGAGAGUGGGAAAUGAGCCUCCCUGCAGUGAUGCUCUAUGGGUCCGGCCCAGGGUCAUCGUCGGGACCGCAAGGGUGUCUAAGUGUGGCUACGGCUGGGACAGGUCCUAGGUCAGGGAUGACCUUCAGGCCCCCUACGUCGCAUGGAAGGGCACCACAGGUCGCGCAGACUAGGGGCCAAAGCAAGGCUACCGCCAGUCAGGGGCCUAGCCAGGCACCUAGUCGGGCGCCUCCUCGAAAGGAGCCUGAGCCUGAACGAAGGAAAGAAGUGGUGGAGGUUCAAGAAGAGGAAAAUGAGGGUGAUGACGAAGAGGACGAGAAGCUCCGGCAAGAGGAGGACCGGAGGGCGGAGCAGAGGGCCAAGAAGAGAGGGGCUAAGGGAGGGAUGGAGCCGAGCCUGCAUGAUGGCGUGCCAAAGAGGAAAAAGUACGCAGUUCGACUAGAGGAAGGUUUUGACGUGGAGCGAAUGGUGGAUAAGCUCCUGGAGGGCCAUAACGAUUUGAUGAACUUAAAGGACAUUUUGGCGUCAGCACCAAGGCUUCGUGGCGAGCUAAAAGGGCGACUCUCGCGAAGGGACCAGCCGAGCAUUGCAAUGGUGGACACGGGCGUGGAGAUGAAUAUCAUCCGGGAGCGGGACACGACCAUGUUGGGGCUGGAGGUCAACCAUUCGGACCAUGGCGUGUUACAUGGCGCCAACUGCAAGGCCAUUUUCUGCGGUACCGCGUCUAAUGUGAUGGUGGAGAUUGGGAGAGUAAGGGCGCGAACGUGCUUCUUCAUCAUGCCUGAUGUCGACCACCCUAUCCUUCUGGGGAGGUCGUUCCUCUGCCGAAUGGAGACCUUGGUUUUCAAUAGGCAUGAGGGGACGAUGAUCCUGGCCUUAUCUGAUCCGGCCUGUGGGAACUACGAGAUCCUUAAGUGCCGGAACACAGGGCCCGGAAGUGGGAGGAACAGGCUCAACCUCGGCUCCUUUACCUUCGAGGAGUCCGAGUACGCGCGUCGGAGACUCCGGGAGGAACAGGAGGAGGAAGGAGCAGGUGAGGUGUUGUCCCUGAGCCUUAACGACGUGAAUAAGGCAAUGGAGGUGGUGGCGGCGCAUGAUAUGGCGGACCUUGAGGCUAUAAAGGCAACGCUACGGUGGGUGCAGGAUUUGCAACGAUUGAAUGCAGUGAUGGUGCGGGACGCGGGAGGGUUGCCGAACGUGGACGCCGUGUCAGAGUCAUGCGCAGGAAGGCCUAUAAUCUCACUUAUAGACCUUUACUCUGGGUAUGACCAGUUUCCUGUGUACCCACCGGAUAGGCCAGUGACGGCGAUGCAUACACCAAGGGGGUUGAUCCACAUGAGCGUGGCACCUCAGGGGUGGACUAAUGCGGUGGCAAUGGUGCAAAGGCACAUGAUUAGGGUCAUGCAGACAGUUAGUCCACAUAUCACUCAGCCCUACAUUGACGACUUGGCGGUCAAGGGUCCGAAGGAGAAAGAGGAAGAUGAAGUGAUGCCAGGAGUGAGGCGGUUUGUCUGGAAGCACGUCCAGGAUAUCGAUCAGGUUCUGGGUCUGCUGGAAGAGCACAAGCUAACGGCGAGUGGCCCCAAGUCGAAGCAUUGCAUGAGGGAAGCCACGAUUUUGGGCUUUGUCUGCAACGAGAAAGGGCGGAGGCCAGAUGUGAAGAAGACGGACAAGAUCCUUGAGUGGCCAGUCCCCUUCCAGUCGAUAACAAACGUGAGGAGCUUCCUCGGGACCUGCGGGUUUUGGAGGAGUUUUGUGAAGGAUUUCGCCACCAAGACGGAGCAUUUAAGAAAACUGGUGCGUCAGGAUCAGGAAUGGGUCUGGGGCGAGGACCAGGAAAGGGUUGUGGAAAGGAUGAAGAGAGAAUUUAAGGAAGGAGGCAGUCAUGCAGAGGGGCGGGAGGGACACAUGGCCACGCCAGGGGCCCCAGGGGAUGGAGGGAGGGGCGAGCAGCACGAGCCGCAUAGGAGGGAGCCUACGCUUGAGUUUGAUGACGACAACAUUGAGCUCUUCUUGGACGUAUAUCGGAAACAUGUGGCACAGAGAGGGUGGUCAGUGGCGGAGAGGAUUCACCACUUGAGGGGCAUAGGGUGGUUCGAGGAGCCGGUCGCUCAGAUAUGUAAGGAGGCCCUGACUUGGCCAGACGUGGAGGCUGGGAUGCAGAGAUUGAGAGCUUCCCCUAGGGGGCGAGAUGGCAUGCUCAUUCGAUUGGAGGAGGGGAACGCAGAUGAGUUCAUCCCCGCAUAUGAGCACUACAUGUUGAGUCUGCGGGUUGCGCAGGGGGAAUGGGUGCAGGCCCUACUUAUCUGGACGAGGCGGGCAAAGAAGCAGGUGGUCAAGCAGAUUCAGGAGAGGGCUCGAGACUGGGAGGACUGUCAGGCCCAGCUUAGGAGGGCGUUCGGACGGUCACAGCACGAGAGGCACGAGCCCAGAGUUGAGAGGCGGCGGCGAAGCAAGAGGCCAAGGGAACCGGCACUGAGCGAGGCGGAGCUGGCCAGAGGGGGGAGGGGAGCCCCGGCCCAGCGAGAGGAUGAGCCCGUAGAGCCCGCAUUGACAAGGGAGUCGUUCCCUGCUUGUGGCCUCCGGGCGGUUGAGUUUCGGCGGAUUACGAGCGAGGAGUUGAGGCCGCCCUCGCCAUUGCCAUCAACGCAGGAGUUGGACAUACCAAGAGAGACGUCGUUACGAAGCUUGGCGACGCAUCUCGAUGUAUCCCAAUGGGAGGCCUCACGGCUGGGAGAGGGCUCAGUUGAGCCGGCGUGCUACGUGCCAUUGGCGGAGCCCCUCGACCUUGAGAUGGAGACAGACAUGCGAGACCGAGAGGAGCCGCAGGACCCUGAGAUGGUAGCCGAGCGGUCGUAUCCGGUACGACCUCGGGGGAGAGAGGUGAUCACGGUUGGGGACGAUACCCCUCCAUGCUCCCCAGCUCCAGAGCCAGCACAGCGUUCAUGGCCAGAGGGGAUUCUUGAGCCAGGCAGCGAGGAGAUCCCGGAGUUUCCCCCUGAGGCCACCACUAUACCUGAGCAGGAGGCAGAGGCGGAGAACCAGGGUGUGUGUGAGAGAGCGAGGAUGGAGGCGCCCCUUGACUUGCCCUCGGCCACGCAGGCGACCAAGAGCCCGGACAUCGAGGAGGCCGUUUCAGCAGACUUACCGCCAGUAGUGUUGCGCGCAAGCACAGGGAUGGAGGCGGAGGCGUCGACUCCAGGAGACCAGGGGCCGCGAAUGGGAGGAACCCCAAGAGAGACCCGCGAAGAGAAGUCCGCCCAAGUGCGGGUCCGUCUGGACGAGAUAUACGCAAGACAGGCUGAGAUGGAGGCGACGGGGAUAGAGCCGACACCGUCGAUCGAGCCCAAGACGAGUGAGCAGAGGAUCGACAAGUUGUGGGCUAGGUAUGAGAGCCAGAGGGAUGCAGCCCGCCAAAGGUCACGAGAGGCAGGACAGGCGGACGAGGAGACGAGUGAGUUGAGAGAGAUGGGGGACUUGGGGUUCUCCGCGACCAGGCAGGCAAUUGAGCGCAUGGAUCGGAGGGUAUGCGAGACGUCAGUCACAUCCUUCCAGUGGUAUAAUCUACUCAGCAAUGAGUUUAGGGUUAAGGAGUUGGAGGUGGAGCACCUGACUACUCAGCUUGCCGAGGAGAGGGCGAGGAGCAGGGCUAGAGAGGUUGAGUGGGAGAGGAGAUUUGGGGAGAUGGCGGCCGCUGUGGGUAGGCUCUCGGCAGCCUGGGAGGCUAGCCAGAUGGGGCGAGCCAGUGCCGAUAGCCAGGGCCGAGGGGUGCAGGCUUCGUCGGGUCAGGAAGUAGCGGUGGAGGUCCCUCGACAAGCCGAGCCAAUGGAGGAGGCGCCCUUGGACGCAGUCGAGGAGGAGAGUGGCACGCAAGAGUCGCUUAUGGCUAUGUCCACGGAGAGGAGAGGUUCGCGCUUGCAUGAGGUGGCGGCAGCCAUGGGGAUAGGCACUCCACAUGAGGGGCCUCAGGGACUCGACGCUCCAGAGCAUGCCCCGAGGUUGGGGGAGUUGAGGGCGGAGCUAGGCUCCUGGGCCACGGGGACCGACUCAAGAGGGCCUAACUCGAGACGGCAACAGCAGCAGGAGGUCAUGAGUGAGCCCGCCGCUAUAGGGGGCUCUCAGCCGUCAGGAGUAUGUAGGGAUGAGGCGAUGAUGACAGAGAGGGCGCAUGAAGAGGGACCCCGAGAGUUGGAUACGCCAGAGCGCGGGCCAGGGAGUGCGGCUGCACGAAGGGGUGGAGGUGUUGAGGCUAUGAAGCCCAAACCUCAGGGCCAUGGGGGGUUGCCCUCGUGUCACGAGGUGACUUCUGAGACCAUGGGGACGCCUUCGGCAUCGAGUUCGCAAGGGAGAAAGAAGAAGACUGCCAGGUGGCACGAUACCUCCUGUUUCUGGUGCAAGGAGGAAGGGCAUAGAGCCAUGGACUGCCCAGAACUCCUCGAGGAUAAGGCCGAGGGGCGAGUUGCAAAAUUCAACGGCAAGUGCUAUGACAGGCAAGGCAGGAUAGUAGAGCGAGCCCCAGAUGGGGGCAGGGCUCAGUUAUAUAGGCAGAACCAGGAGGAAUUGUGUAAGUAGGGAUCGGUCUGUCUAUAUAUUGAUAGGACGAGGGAUCCUUGACACACACAGGGCGGGGUUAAGGGUGUACAUGUCUUGAGUCACUUGAGCGG